AGCUGCUACCAGCCUCAGCAUCGUAAACGGCGUCGGCUUGUGUCCUUCAAUGGCGGACCACUAAUUUGCUAACUUUUAGCAUUUCACUGAGCUUUAAAUUCUGUUUUUGGUUUGAUUUCAUUAAUCUCCCUCGGGUGUUUUUAAAAAUACUGUCAUGGAGUGUCGGAUCUUGUCAAUCCAGAGUCAUGUUGUCAGGGGUUACGUGGGGAACAAGUCUGCAACAUUUCCUUUACAGGUGCUGGGCUUUGAGGUGGACUCCAUCAACUCUGUGCAGUUUUCCAAUCACACAGGCUAUGCCCACUGGAAGGGACAGGUGCUGACCGCCGAGGAGCUGAACGUGCUCUAUGAAGGCAUCAAGCUCAACAAGGUCAACCAGUAUGACUAUAUUCUAACAGGCUACAGCAGAGAUAUAUCCUUCUUGGAAGUGGUGGUUGAUAUUAUCCAGGAACUAAAGAAGGCCUCCCCCAGCUUGGUAUAUGUUUGUGAUCCUGUUAUGGGAGACAAUGGUGCUAUGUAUGUUCCAGAAAAUCUGCUGCCCGUCUACAAGAACAAAGUGGUUCCUUUGGCAGAUAUUCUCACCCCAAACCAGUUUGAAGCAGAGUUAUUAACUGGGAAGAAAAUAAACACAGAAGAAGACGCUGUUAAGGUGAUGGACUUGCUUCAUGAAAUGGGUCCAGAGACGGUAGUCCUCACCAGUACAGAUCUGCGCUCCAAAAAUGGGGACCAGUUCUUGGUGGCACUUGGGAGCCAAAAAAUAAAGAACCCAGAUGGGACCAGUACCAGCCAGAAAAUCAGCCUGGACAUCCCAAAAGUCGACGCCGUGUUUGUGGGGACAGGGGAUCUGUUUGCUGCCAUGCUGCUGGCCUGGACUCACCAUCAUCCCAAGGACCUUAAGACUGCCUGUGAAAAGACGGCUUCAGUUAUGCACCAUGUCAUUAAGAGGACCAUCACUUAUGCCAAUGAGAUGGCCGGUCCUGGGAAGAAGCCCAGUCCAGCUCAGCUGGAGCUGAGGAUGGUCCAAAGCAAAGCGGACAUCGAAAACCCUUCCAUCGCUGUCAAAGCUAAGGUCAUAGAGAAGACUUCGGACCAAAAGCUGUAGACUUACUGUGAACGUAAAAAAAAAA